GUGCUGAGCUGGAAAAUGGCUGUGUAGGGGAGCAGGGAGUCAUGAACGGGAAAAGAAAGAAAGAGCGAGAGAAAGAAGCGAAGCAAUAAGUGAACCGAGGGUCUGCCAGAAGUUUACUGCACACGGAGAAGCUAUCGACCGAAAUAAAGCUCCACACGGACUCAUGUCUCCUACUUGGAAGAGUUUAAAGCGCCGCAACCUAAAGUGAGAAGAGUCAAGAAAUAUCCGCGGGUCGGUCAUAAUCUGUGUCCAGAACAUGUGGGAGCGUGAGAGAACUGAAGAGGAUUAAAGACCUUCCCACUCGUCCUUCAAUCAGACCACUUCAUCCGGCCGUGGCGAGCCAGCGACGCCGGGCCUUCGACUUGCAAAAUAUUUUACCCGACUGCUCCACUAGCCAGCAGGUUUUGGCUGCUUGAAAGAGCAUGUUGCCAAGGCGCUCCCUCUGCUCCAUCAUCUGGCUCAACCGGGGUAUCAAGCUGAGGAAAGUGUCCACCAACACCGGUCAGGUCUGAAGCUGCUGCCCCCGCAGACCCAGCAGCAGCACAACGCCACCUUAUCGACUUUAAAAAAAUGCUUCUAAGCUUCGGGUGAUUCCCCUCCUCCCCUCAUCCUCCCUCAACCCACCAAGAGUUAGUGACUCACCAGCCUUUUUGGUUUCUGAAGCGGAUUUCUCUAGAGCCGAACCGUGCCGUUGCAGCGGGACUCGGGCUGCACCAUCUAAUCCUCUCUUCAGUAGCCAUUUUGAUUUUGCUUCCCUGACAAAAUGGCGACGGAAGGUUUUCAGUACCUUGCCCUCUACGCCUUCACCAAGGACCAGGAGGAAGACCUGGACCUGCAGCCGGGGGACGUCCUGACAGUCAGCAGGGCCUCGCUGCUGUCCAUGGAGAACUACCAGGAGGGCUGUGUGGAGCAUCCCGAGCGCCUGGGCUGGCUGCUCGGCUACAACGAGCGCACCAAGCAGAGAGGCGACUUCCCCGGGACGUAUGUCGAGUACGUGGGCCCCGUGAAGAUGGCGCUCCCAUCCAGUCAACCCAGGUCCCAGCGACCCCUCCCCGCUGCUCCAAGACCAGAGUCAUCUCAAACUGUUUCUGUGCUGGACCUGAGCGAGCAGUUCACACCGCCAGAGACGGCCCCAACAGCCCUCGUCAGCCUGAUCCAAGCCAUAGAGAAAAGAGGUCUGGACUGCCAGACAUUGUACAGGACAAAUGAUUCCUCAGGUGCAGACAGCCCAAUAUACAGCCUGAGCUCUGAGACUGAGAUGUGUCAGAGAGAUGUGGGAUAUCUGUCUGAGUGUGUCCUGAACUACCUGAGAGACCUCCCGUCCCCCGUCAUCCCCACCUGUGUCUAUCCCCUACUUCAAACUGCCGUCACACUGCAGCAGCAGCAGCUCCUGCAGCAGUCAGCAGAUGGCGCAGUCGCUGGAAGCCAUGACAGAGAGGUAAGCCUGGUCCUGGAGAGCUCCACCUCCGUCCCCCUCCAUCACCGCCUCACACUGCAGUACCUCCUCACACACCUGGCCAAGGUGACCCAGGUGCAGGCCAGCAACGGUCUGGACACACACACUCUGGGGAAAGUCUUCGGACCGCUGCUGAUACGUACAGGCCCCUCCACCCCCUGGUUGUCAGGGAAUGAGGAGUUUCCUGCCCUUGUUGUUGAGAGGCUGCUGAUCGAGAGAACUACAGAGCAGGACCUCACUCCUCCAGUUCUCCCAGCAAAGCCAGUCAAGUCUAAAGUGGCGCCAUCAUCCAUGACAGACAUGAGCAGCCUGCUGAACGAUGCUGAGUGGUACUGGGGCGAAAUCUCAAGAGAGGAGGUGAACGAGAAGCUGAGAGACACUCCAGAUGGCACCUUCCUGGUCCGAGAUGCUUCUAGCAAACUGGAGGGCGAGUACACCCUCACGCUCAGGAAAGGGGGAAACAACAAGCUGAUCAAGAUUUACCACAGAGACUGUAGGUACGGCUUCUCGGAGCCUCUCACCUUCCUGACAGUAGUGGAUCUCAUCAAUCACUACCGCCACGAGUCCCUGGCCCAAUACAACGCCAAGCUGGACACCAAGCUGCUGUUCCCUGUCUCCAAAUACCAACAGCUGGUGAAGGAGAACAGUAUCGAGGAGGUGGGGGAGCAGCUGAAGGUCUAUCACGAGCAGUACCAGGAGAAGAGCCGCGAGUACGACUCUCUGUACGAGGAGUACACCCGCACCUCCCAGGAGUUGCAGAUGAAGCGCACUGCCAUCGAGGCCUUCAAUGAGACCAUCAAGAUCUUUGAGGAGCAGUGUGAGACUCAGGAGCGCUACAGCAGAGAGUCUUUGGAGCGGUUCCAACGCGAGGGCAAUGAAAAAGAGAUUCAGAAGAUCCAGAGCAACUCGGAGCGUUUGAAGUCUCGUGUGAAGGAGAUCCACGACAGCAAGUGUAAGCUGGAGCAGGACCUGAAGGAGCAGGUCUCUGAUAACAGGGAGAUCGACAAGAAGAUGAACAGCCUCAAGCCCGAUCUCAUGCAGCUCCGCAAAAUCAGAGACCAGUACUUAAUAUGGCUGACGCAGAAGGGGACAAAGCAGAAGAAGAUCAACGAAUGGCUGGGCAUAAAGAACGACGCUGAUGACUCCUACUCGCUGGAGGAGGACGAGGGUUCACCGCACCACGAUGAGUGCACCUGGUAUGUGGGUGACAUCAAACGCACCCAGGCUGAGGAAAUGCUGAGAGGCAAAUGUGACGGGACCUUCCUCAUCCGUGAAAGCCAAUCACAGAAGGGCUCCUACGCCUGCUCUGUAGUUGUGGAGGGUGACGCCAAGCACUGCGUCAUCUACAAGACGGCCACAGGUUAUGGAUUUGCCGAGCCCUACAAUCUGUACUCGUCCCUCAGAGACCUGGUGCUCCACUACAAAAACGUCUCCUUGGUCCAACACAACGACCAGCUGAAUGUAAAUCUGGCCUACCCAGUCCUGGCCCGCUCUCAGAACCAGAACCAGCACCCCAGAUGAAUUAUCAACCAGCAGUGUAAGACACCAGCCAGGGCGGGGAAAAAAAGUGUUUAAGUGGCGUUUAAGAGAAAAAAGACUGGACAACCGUGAUUUAAAAUUCAUACUUUCUUUGGCUGGAAGCUGGUGCUUAUUUUCCCACACCAACCCCAGUCCAGCAAAGAGCACUCCUUGCUAACAGCAUGGCUUCAAAACAAGCACAGUACUACCAGUAUCAAAGCACUGUACAGUUAGCCCGGCUGAUGCAGUUUUAACUUUAGGAGAGAGUCACAUUAGCCGGCCUUCCCUGUACAGUGAUGGUAAUGGGGGAAAAAAAUUGUGAAAAUUUCUCGAGAAAACACCAUCGGUACAGAGGAAAAAAAUGUGUUUGAAGAAGACAAAAUAAGCACACAACAAUGUAGUUUUCAAGAUCAUGGUGAAGAGGAGAGGAAACCAGAUGGAGGAGUGAUUUACAGAAGGCACUUUUGUUUUUUUUUUGCCUUGAACACGUGAUAACUGUCCAUAGACAAAGGCCCGAUCUGUCAUCCCCAGACUGCCUGCAAACUCUCCAUCGACAAAAGCCUGAGCUGUCGUCCGCUGAAAGGACUGGUUGGGCUGCUCGCUUCACACCUACAGGCUGAAAAAACCACGGACUAGGGGGUUGAGUCACUGGAGCCAACGGGGGUGAGGGAGGGAAAGCGAGAGAAAUUGCCUGGGUUGAUGUUUUUGAUGGGUUUUAAAAAGAUCGAUUGAAUUUAAAGCUUGCUUAAGUGCCAUAGUAAUAGCUUUGAAUGACCACAAGCCUGUGUGACUAUAACAAGGGGGCACGUCGAGGUCGAAAGAAGGAAGGAGGGGAUGAGCGGCUGUCGACAGCUACAGCUUUAAAAAUAAUACUCACAUAUAGGUAUAUUUUUUAUGGAAUUAUCUUUAUUUCCAACUGCUUUAGCUUGUUGCGCUCUCAGUGGGCGUCCUUUUUGAAUAGACGAGGUACAACAUACAGUAACAAAAGGCUGUAUUGCAGGACAAAAAUGCAUGGUACAUUAUUUGGUGUAUUGUGAAAAUAGAAAUGUAAUCACAAUACACUAAAUGGAGAGGUACUUUGAUAAAUGCAGUUUCACCACAUGAUUCAGGUUUCCUUUUCAAAGGGAAAUGGUGGGAAGAAUCCAGCAUCAAAUGUCUCUUUAUUUCAAACUUCUUCCUUUUUUUUCAUCUCCGUAUAUACUGUAGCACCUGUAGCCAUUGACUUAAGGCAUAACUGUUAGUGGUUCUCCUAGGUGUCUUGUUUCUUUAUGCUAAAGACACUUGCAGAGCAUCUAUCUAUGUGAUUAUUGUAUCUUCGGUACUGUAUUUGCCCUUCUCUACAUAGAUUAGACUGUUUAGCGGUACUAUGUCCUUGCAGAUGUUUAUUGUUGUUGUUUUUUAAAUGCAGAUUUACUCACGGUACUUCCUUCCUCCCCGCGCUCGACUGUUCACUUAUCACAAGCUUGACUCACAGAGCUGUAGAACAUUUGAUGUACAAAACAAAAAGAAGAAGAAAGCAGUAAUAUAAGUCAUGUACAGUAUAUUGCAGACAUACAGUCAGUGUAUCUGACACUACACAGUUUUAUCGCUGUGAUCCUUUUGUGUUUUCAGAAUAUUUGCUAUGCUCUUAGAUUCAGUUUCAGGAUGCACAGUAUCCAGCUAAUGUGAGCCAAAUGAAGGAUGUCUUUUCAUGUAGCAAGAAGAAAAAAGAACUGGUCCUUUUGCCAUUCAGCAUGGCCUCUUCGGUCUGAGAGAUUAUCUAGUAUAGUAUGCAUGGAGUCCUUCAUUUGGGUUCUUGUUUUUUCUUUCUUCACUUGGCACCAGUGGUUAAAUGUACUUUUUGUACUGCAAAUACAGUAUGAUGUGUGGUAGUACUAUGCACAACAGUCACAUGUAGAUAAUAACUUCUGCGAUUCGUUCCCUCCCUCGUUUCUGUGCUGUGAUUGGGGAAUUUCUCCCGGUUCACUCAUAAAGAUUGUACCAUCGUCGUACUUUGUCACUUUCAAAGCACAGUUCAUUUAUGUAGAGGCGGGAUUAUUCAAUCGUUGUUGGGAAAAUGAGAAGAGGUGUCCCAUGAUGCCCCUUUUUCAGGUUUGAUUUACAAAGCUGAUUUCUUAAGAAUGAAUGAAAAUGAAUAAUCUCUUACAUUUCUUACAUGUAGACUCAGAUUGCCAAAAAACAAAAUAAGUAUUUUUGUAGAAAAGUAUAGGAGAGUGAAACGUUGUCCGCAAUAGAAACGUUUAGAGGAAAGAAGUACACUGUUUUUUAAAGGUUGCACACUUGGCAUUUUUUAAAUUUUUGUUGAGGUGGGAAUGAAAUCGAAUUGAGACAUUCUCUACUCUUCUGGUCAUAAAAUUGAAAUAUGUACGUUUCAUCUGAAGACCUUACUUUCCAACAAACUCAAUCUUUUUCGGCACAGUUUCAUUUCUGUUGUUGAAAUGUUUAUUCACACAUUUUCAGGUUUUUUCCAAAACAGACCAAUCACACGUUCAAAUGAAAUCGUCCUGAAAAGUUUUUAAUCAAGACGCCAUUUUUGAUUUUGGUCAGGACGAAUCAAUUGUACUGUACUUUGCACAGUUUUUGGCAAGUAGUAAAUCCCAAGAAUUAAAGUAGAGGUGACGGCUGUGCUUCUGAACAGAGGGCUAUAAACGUGUGUGAGUAAGAAAGAUUAGAAGUGCCUUUAAGUCAUUGUGAUGAGCUCGUCUCCUCCUCCUUGUCAUUGGAGCGUCACUUUACAAAGAUGGUGCCACCACCACCAUAUGCUGUGCCCCCAUGUUCACUCUUUUGCCAUUUAUCAAAAUCUAAAAGGUAAAACUAUGGGCAUAGUGUGAGAUUGUGUGUGUGUGUGUGUUUGUGUUAGAGGAAAUCUGAGCAUGUUAUAGAUUUUAGUUGUGCCUCUGUUGUUACAUCUAUAGUUGUUACAUAUUCCUUCUUUCUACGGUGGGGGCUGUACAGUAGCUUGGUUCUCUCUCUCACUGUGCACCAAAGCUAGAUUUCUUUGGUGUGUUUUUAUUUUUAAUUUGUCUGGUAUAUUUUUUUGAGAAAUCUCAGAUAAGAUAGAAAUGUGAACCAUACACACCCAGGGCCCAGCCCAGUUGUUUGAAACUCAUUUGAUAAGCUCUCAAGUUAAUGCAUGCAGAAUUUCUCAGUGUUUUAUAUAAAGAGUCAGUUCCUUUGCGAACAGGCAAUCUGGUUGAGUCACCCGCCACUGCUGACACAUCCAUUAUCCAGUUUGUUGGACCAACACUUUUGUGACUGCACUUUUUUUUCAGUUCCACACACUCAAACUAGUGUGUCUGACGCCCAACAACCAUAAACUCACAGACAGUGGUGAAGCUCAGUUGUGAAUAGUGUUUUUAGUUGAUACUUUUAUGGUCUUUCCGUACAGUAUAUCGGGAAUGAUCGAUAUUUUUCUUUAUGAUAUCGGAGUAUACAGUGUACAGUAUAUGCUUAUGUUGUUUUGGCAGUCAACAGCUGUCAUGUAAUUCUGAUGCUUUUUGACUGAUUGCAAUGUUUUUGAUAUAGAGUUAGUAUUACUAUAUGGUCUGUAUAAACUCUAAUAUUUUCAAACCAACUGAGCUGCUGGCUCAUUAUGCAAUUUUUGUUCACACAGCAAAAUUGUCCAACUUAACAAGACAGAACAUUUUCCUAAAAGGUCAACAAAUCACAGAAACACAUUUGUUCACUAACCAAUAGUGAUAUCUAGAUUUUGAGAUAUCGAUCCUUUUUCAAGGUUUUGGUAAUCCAUCCACUCACCAACAGGUCAAUUUAUUUACUUUCAUGAAGAAAAAUACGGAUUUAAAGCUGAGUGGCUUCCUGCACCACUUGUUAAGAUGAACAUUUUUGCAGUGCAGGAAAACACUUUUAUCGACCAUAUAUGCCAUGUUAAUCACAGAUUAUUAAAAGCUAGAAGCAAUGCAACUUUAGUAGCAAUGAAACCUGGUCAGGCAGUGAGAGGGGCAGAGGAUGAACACUUUAUUGUGCUUUGACUUCCAGUUGAGACUUUAAACCCCCUUUUGGCGGGAAGUGACUCUGAAACUCAAAGCUUUCAUUCUGCUCGUCCAAAAGAUAUGCAUUUAUGUCAGAGCUUGUUGGAAAACAUUUUUUCUAUAUGACAAAUGAUCAUUCAAGGAAUUAAAUAUUUUUUCAUCCGCUUUGGUACACUGUAAAUGAUAUUUCUGUAAAUGGCCUCACACACAAAGCACAUCUUUCACUGACUACAAAGAAACACAUUUGGUGUCUAUUAAGGUUUUAAGAAUGAGAGACUUACUAGAGAAUAAAUAUUUUGAAAUAUAUACUUAGAUAUCUAUAUUUUUGGAUGAUUGAAUUCUGAUUCGGACUGCGCUUGAUACGAAUCAGAAAGAGGCUUUGAUGUGAACGCGGUCUUUUGACUUGCUCUGCGCGCGGCUGCUUCGUACUCCUGCAGUUAUUGAGACGCAUUUUUACUGCAGUGAGCUUCACAAUGAUUCGCAACAAACUGUGUAGUCACAGCUGAUCGACAUACAGGAAAUCUAUUAAGCAUGAUUAUCAGGUUCAGAGGAAGAAGCAAGCUCAUGUACAUGUGUUAAUAUUUACAGAGCUGAGUCUAUAUGUUUAACGCAGUCUUGGCUGCUUUGCAUUUUAUUAAAUAUUAGAGUUUUGUUUUUUUUCUUGAAAAUGAGAAUCUUCUUUGUCAUUUUUGGAAGAUGCUGGGUUUUGUGAGUAGAUUGAGUGUUGACGUUGCACCACAAAAGAUACACUUACAGUAGUUUGCUGCCUCAGAGAUCCACCAGACACUGAAGCUGUAACGGAGUAAAACAUCUUACCACUGUAUCGUCCCUCGGUGGGUCUCUGCGGUCGCUGAAAGUAAAAGAAAACCUGAACUAGUGAAAGGUACAAUUCUUGAUCACUCCUUUACGCAGAUCUUUGUACAUGGAACUAUGAUGGCAUUAGAAAGUGUUCUUUUAUGGUGCCUGAGUAUAUAUUUUUUUUAUUUGGCUUUUUAAAAAAGCUGAUAGAUUUGUUUGUCCAAGUGUUGGUUCUUUUUUUUUGUUUGUUUGUUUGUUUAUAUCUGUUAAUGAUAACCUUACAGAGCCUAUAAAGAAAAAAAUAAGCUAGCUUGAAUUUUUUCCUCCGUGCAGAAAAAAAAGAAAAAAACAAAUGUUUACAAAAUGUAAUUAACCAAAUAGUAAGUAUGCGUUUCAGUAUCAAUCUGUCUGUCCCUCAAAGUGGCUGUGAUAGAUUGAUUUAUAUUUCUUUAUUUCCUCUGUCGUUUUAAACUUGAAAAUGUUAUGACUGCUUGUUCUGUUUUUAUUUGUUUGUUUUUUGUUACUCUCUUUUUUUUGACGUAAGACAACAGUGCUCCCUCGAUUUAAAAAAUAACAAGAUUCAUGUUUUCAUAAUACACAGUCAUCAUCAGUCUUGCUUUACCUGCUGAUUACAUCACAUUACACUGAGCCUUGUAUGUGCAGGACUGAACCCUAAUUUGAAACACAGUCUUAUAUUUGCUAUUAUAUAAGUAUAAAUUACAUUUAAAAAAUCAGCAAGACUGUGCCAUGUGUUUCUCUGGUACGGAUUAAGUUCAAAUAAUUGAUAUGGAUGGACCCACAUGUUGUGAGUAAGGCAUGGGUACAGUGUUAGCAUAUUGGAAAUUCAUAAAUAACUAUUCACCCACUUUAGUCUCAGCGUGUCUGUUUCAAAUGAAAAUUAUGAUGACGUCAACAACUGCACUUUCAUUUCCACUUUUUCUGCUUUUACCAUAACUUGUAGUAUCAUCCGUCUUGAUUUUGAACUGAAGGGUUGACUUUUUUUUGUGGAUUAUACAAAUUCUUCCCUGGUGUACAGUAGUUCAUUUUCAAGACCCGACUCUGAAUGUUGGAGAUGAGAUUGGCUGUGAUUCAUUUGGCAACAACCUGGGCAAUGUUACAGAGCGGCAACAAUUUAAACACGUAUCCACAUUUUUUACACUAAUACCGUCUGUUUUGCUCCACCAUGUUGCCCAACAGGUUGCCUAAGGUCUCACUGCCUCAGCAACAGAUUCAAGGUUUUUCAUCCAUAGUUAACAAUGAUGUCUCUUUCUUUCAAAAACGAUAGGCAAUGGGGCAGUCAGAUAAAGCUACUCUACACCAAAGUGCAACUGAACUCAGAGGGAGCACUGUUGUUUCAGCCAGUGGAGGCCUAUUGGUUGAGGUGUGCCCUACCCCUAUGCACGAAAAGAUGGUUAUUCUUCUUCUCUUCUCUUGUGUUAUCCUCCCUCCGUUGGUCUGUCUCAAUUCAGAUGCAACAUCUUUCUUUAUUCUCGUGUACAGCUUGCUUCAGAGUUGUGUUUGUCCUCAGACAGGUACUCUUUCAUCUGUACGGUUCUUUCUUUAGGCUGAUGCAAUGAUUUUAAAAGACAAUAAAAGAUAUAUAAAAUGA